CAAUGCUCCGCUAGCGGGCGGCCGUGCCGCUGCUGCUGCUGUCUCUUUAAGGCGGGGGAAGCGAUGCGGAGCGGUGGAAAAUGGCAGAGCUGCAGAUGCUGCUAGAGGAGGAGAUCCCGGCGGGCAAGCGCGCGUUGCUCGAGAGCUACCAGAACCUCACGCGCGUCGCCGACUACUGCGAGAACAACUACAUCCAGGCUCCAGAUAAAAGGAAAGCACUAGAAGAGACCAAAGCAUACACAACCCAAUCUCUAGCCAGUGUUGCUUAUCAAAUCAAUGCACUGGCCAACAAUGUACUCCAACUGCUGGACAUCCAAGCGUCCCAGCUACGGAGAAUGGAGUCCUCCAUCAAUCAUAUAUCCCAGACUGUGGACAUCCAUAAAGAGAAGGUGGCUCGCAGGGAGAUAGGUAUUUUGACAACCAAUAAGAAUACAUCAAGAACUCAUAAAAUCAUAGCACCGGCGAACAUGGAGCGUCCUGUAAGGUAUAUUCGAAAACCGAUAGACUACACAGUGCUGGAUGAUGUGGGCCAUGGUGUAAAGUGGCUAAAAGCCAAGCAUGGAAGUAACCAGCCUGCAAGAACUGGCACCUUGUCAAGAACAAAUCCGCCUACACAAAAACCACCGAGUCCUCCUAUGUCAGGCCGGGGAACUCUGGGACGAAAUACUCCUUACAAAACCCUGGAGCCAGUCAAGCCUCCAACCGUUCCUAAUGAUUAUAUGACCAGUCCUGCCAGACUUGGAAGUCAGCACAGUCCAGGAAGAACAGCUUCCUUGAACCAGAGACCAAGAACCCACAGUGGUAGUAGUGGCGGAAGUGGUAGCCGAGAGAAUAGCGGAAGCAGCAGUAUUGGCAUUCCCAUUGCCGUGCCUACACCUUCACCACCAACUAUUGGCCCAGUGCACAUUUCUGUUCCUCCUCCUCCUGGAGCCCCGCCAGCACCACCACUGCCACCACCACCUCUCCCGAUGGGCAGUAUGAUAGCUGCUCCUGGUUCAGCUCCUGGUUCCCAGUAUGGCACAAUGACCAGGCAAAUUUCGCGACACAACUCUACCACUUCCUCAGCAUCUUCUGGUGGAUACAGACGGAAUCCCUCUGUGACCGUCCCAUUUUCUGCUCAACCUCAUGUUAAUGGCGGGCCUCUUUAUUCUCAAAACUCAAUUUCUAUUGCUCCACCCCCUCCCCCUAUGCCUCAGUUGACUCCACAGAUACCUCUCACAGGCUUCGUGGCCAGGGUGCAGGAAAACAUUGCGGAUAGUCCAACUCCUCCUCCCCCACCACCUCCAGAUGAGAUGCCUAUGUUUGAUGACUCUCCCCCUCCCCCACCUCCACCCCCAGUGGAUUAUGAAGAUGAGGAGGCUGCAGUAGUGCAGUACAGUGAUCCAUAUGCAGAUGGGGACCCUGCAUGGGCACCUAAAAACUACAUAGAGAAAGUUGUUGCUAUAUAUGACUAUACAAAGGACAAGGAUGACGAGCUGUCAUUUAUGGAGGGUGCAAUCAUUUACGUGAUAAAGAAGAAUGAUGAUGGCUGGUAUGAAGGAGUUUGCAAUCGUGUGACUGGCCUGUUCCCUGGGAAUUACGUUGAAUCAAUCAUGCACUAUGCUGAUUAAAAUCCUUUACUUUUCAAGUUGAGUCUUGUAUUCGGUCAUACCAUGAUUAUCUGCAAGGGGUAACUAAAGGUAACAGAAUAAUCUUAAUACACUUUAAGGAAAAAUGUGCCCAUCUCUUCAAGCCAUCCUAUUUUAAUGGUAUGAUUGAAUGUCCAUCUCCAUAAGCAUAAGUCUCUGGAGACAGUUAGUCUGAUCUGAUGGCAGUUUGUAAAACAAACAACUGUCUAUUACUGGUUAUACUUAUUUACUUAUGCAUUGUUAAUUUUAUGACCAGCCUAAAUAUUUUGGGGAAGUAGGGCAUAAUAUUUAAUGAACCAUGAUACAGAUUGUGCCAUUACAUUUUUCAGUGCAGCAUGGUAACUAACACUAAGUUAGACUAACAUAUUAAAAAUCUGGAUGAAAAGUUUAAUGUUAGUGCUGGUCAUAUUACUUUUUGUUUAGACUCUUGCUCAUUCUUGAACUAUACUAUUUGUUUAAAGCAUGCAUACAGACUUAUGUAUUGAAAUGAUACUUUUUUAAAAAUCCAAGAUGCUUCCAAUCUGUUGUAAUCUUUACUUGGAGUACUCUCACUAAAAGUUUAUUGCAAUGAAUUGUUUGAGUCUCUAAGGUGUCCAUGUGAAUCAAAAAUGGGUGGUCUUCUGUAUGUGUAAUUUGUACUCAAGUUUUUUUAAAUGAGUAAAUUUGCAUUAUGACUUUUCCAUUCAUAAAUAUACAAGUGAACCAAAGGUCUCGUGCAUUACUUUGGUUUGCUUGGCAAAGUGAUCUGAAAUGCUAAUUUAACAAAAAUAUGGUUGUGUUAUCGCUGGCAAUACACUGAGAUUAAAAGUGUUGUACCCUUAAACUACUAUGGCAAGGAGCCAAUGAAAGUGAAGUCAUCCAGUUACCACAACCUCUCCUAAGAUCCUUUGAAAAUCUUAGCAGAUCUUUACACCUUUUAUGUAAGAUGAGUACUUUGAAAGAAGUUCUGACUGUGUCCAAUGCACUCUUUUUUAAAUAAAUAGAUGCAGUUCACUGAAAAUGACGUUCUU